AUGUCUAACGGAAAGACCUUCACAUUGAGCAACGGGGUUAAGAUCCCCGCUGUUGGCUUCGGUACCUUUGCUAGUGAAGGUUCCAAGGGCGAGUCUUAUCAGGCUGUCACUGCUGCUCUCCAAAUUGGAUACCGUCACUUGGAUUGUGCUUGGUUCUAUAUGAAUGAGGAGGAGGUCGGUGAAGCUAUUCGUGAUUUCUUGAAAGCGAACACCUCCGUCAAGCGUGAGGAUAUCUUCGUCUGCACCAAGGUCUGGAACCACCUGCACCGUUACGAAGACGUUCUCUGGUCGAUCGACAAUUCUCUGAAGCGCCUGGGAUUGGACUAUGUCGAUCUAUUCUUGGUUCACUGGCCCAUUGCUUCCGAGAAGGAAGACCAGGAAACCCCCAAGAUUGACUCUAAUGGACAGUAUGUUAUCCUCAAGGACUUGACUGAGAACCACGAGACCACAUGGCGCGCCAUGGAGAAGUUGUACGAGGAUGGCAAGGCCAAGGCCAUCGGUGUGUCCAACUGGACCAUCCCCCAGCUGGAGGCUAUGGCCAAGUUCGCCAAGGUCCAGCCCAUGGUCAACCAGAUUGAGAUCCACCCCUUCCUGCCUAAUGACGAGCUUGUCAAGUACUGCUUCGACCACAACAUCUUGCCUGAGGCCUACUCUCCCCUGGGCUCCCAGAACCAAGUGCCCACUACCGGUGAGCGAGUCGCUGAGAACGCGACACUAAAUGCCAUUGCCGAGAAGGGCGGCAACACUUUGGCCCAGGUGCUGAUUGCCUGGGGUAUUCGUCGUGGUUACGUUGUGCUUCCCAAGAGUUCCAACCCCAAGCGCAUUGAGUCCAACUUCAAGAGCAUCGAGCUUAGUGACGAAGAGUUUGAGGCUGUCAACUCUGUGGCCAAAGGCCGUCACUUCCGUUUCGUGAACAUGAAGGACACCUUUGGUUACGACAACUGGCCUGCUGAGACCGCCAACAACACUUCUGCUUAA